AUGAACACUCCACUGUCACUUCUUCUCAGCACUACGGGAAGCUCAAGCAGCCAGUCCUCAAACGGCUUUGCCUGCGCGGGUGGCAAGUCCCGAUCCCGCCCCUCCGCGGGCGGAGCGUCCCUCCGCGCGCCGCCCGGCCCCGCCCUGCUCCCGGGCUGCCCGCGGGUGCCCUCCGCGGGCUCGCUUCCGGUGUCUCUGCGGGAAGCAGACCCUGUCCUGCGCCAACGCUGCGACUGCACGGACUGUAGGAGCCUGUCAGGCCAGAAGUCCAAAAUCAAAGUAUCAGGAGAGCCACACUUGGAAGUCUCAGGGGGGUGCCUGCUGGACUCUCCCAGCCUCUGGUUACCGUUGGUCUGUGACAACAUCCCUGCCUGCACCUUCACUGUUGACCUCGGUGACCUGAUUAGGCUGUCCACUCACAGGAAGCAUACAAACAAUAUGGUAGAUGACGCUAAGGCCCGUUUGAGAAGGUUUGAUGUAGGGACCAGGUACUCCCACCUAAGCACGCACAAGUACUCGGUCCUUCUGCCAUUGGUAGAGAAGGAGGGCACACUCUGCCUGCUGCUGACCGUCCGCUCAGACAAGCUGAGAAGAUCACCUGGAGAAGUCUGCUUUCCUGGAGGGAGGAGGGAACCUGGAGACGUGGAUGAUGUCGUCACUGCUCUCCGGGAAGCCCAGGAGGAGGUGGGGUUGCAACCUCACCAAGUGGAGGUCAUCUGCCGUCUGGUGCCAUUUAUGCUUGAUGAGAAGACACUGGUAACCCCAGUGGUGGGCUUCAUAGACCACAACUUCCAGGCCCAACCUAAUGCUGAUGAAGUGAAGGAGGCAUUCUUCGUGCCUCUAGACUAUUUCCUACACCCGCUAGUCCACUACCAGAACUACUUCAUGCGCUCUGGCCGUCACGUCAUGUACACAGACCCUAAAGAUGGUGCGAAUUACCUAAUUAGGGGAAUGACUGCAAAAUUGGCUGUGCUGGUUGCCUUAAUUAUUUUGGAAACAAGCCCCUCCUUUGAGACUGAAUUUAACCUCAAUGAUCUGAUAUCAUCUUGUGAAAAGGCCUUCCUUCAGAUGUGUGCUACAAGCAAGUUAUGAUGAGACCAAAAUCCAAACACAAGCAUCUAUGAGUUUUGUAUGUGUGUGUGUGUGUGUGUGUGUGUGUGUGUGCCCAUGUGUGCAUGCAUGUGCAAAUGCACAGAACAAGAGGACCAGCUUUGAGAUUUGGCAAGUGUGCAUGUUUUUGCCAUCUGACUGUAAAAGCUCUGUCUGUCUGCAGUUGCCUUCUAUCAUCUGGAAGACUGAAAGUCUUUCAAAACCAAAGUAGUACAUAUAGAGUGUCAUAUAAUUCCACCCACAAUAUGCUAAUGUUUUUCAUACACACUUAAGAAGAAAUAUGUGGCACUUAAUAAGUACUUAAUAAAAAUUUGUUGGCUAUAUAA